AUGAACCUCACCGCUUGCGGAUCCGUGUGCGUGGAUACGAAGAACGACCUGAAUAACUGCGGCGCGUGCGGAUCGUUCUGCGACAUUUCGACGUCGUGCUGCGACGGCAAGUGCACCAACCUCGACUCCAGCCUCGAGCACUGCGGCGGCUGCUACCAACGCUGCCCGGGCACCUGCACUCUCGGCGUCUGCGACUACGGUGGCACCAGCGGUUACAUUCCCGGUGUCACGCCUGCGCCGUAG